ACUACUCUCAUCACCGUUCGUUUUCCUGAAUCAUAAACAAACUACUAAAAUCCAGACCCUCACUGGAAUUCUCUUUAAAGCAUGAUAAAAUGGAGAAAUAAAUGGAUUCAGGUUUGCUCUUUGAAAUUUAUCCAUAAUUAUAGGAAAUUUACCUGGUGUCAUGUUUUAAACAAAUCGCCAAAAGCAAAAGGUGUACAAUUGCUUCAAGGCGCUUUGGGGCCUCCAUUGGAAUUGAUUCAGCCAAAAGAAAAAAACGAAUUACCUCCGUUAUUGAAGGAAGUUAAGAUUCAACAAAAAAAAUUUGCCGAUUGUGUUCUACUAACAAGAGUCGGUAAUUUCUACGAAUUGUACUUUGAUCAAGCAGAGGAUUUAGGACCCGUAUUAAAUUUAAGAGUUUCCAAAAAGAAAACUUCCCAUUAUGAAGUUUCCAUGGCAGGAUUUCCUUUCUUCAAACUUGAUAGGUAUCUCAAAGUUUUAGUUGAAGAUUUGAAAAAAUGCGUUGCAUUAAGUGAAGAAGCUGUUCGCCCGGCUGAUGACUUUUCUUCAAAAAAUAUGUACACGCGCUUUGUUACGCGCGUAAUAACUCCUGGGACUCUCAUUGAUGAAAACUUUAUGGACCCUUUUCAGAGUAAUUACGUUAUGUCUAUUAUCUCUCAGGAUGUCGUGGAUAAUGUCAACGAAAGAGGAGCGAUUCAUGAUCGCUUAGAUGAACGAAAUAACAAUAUUCAUAUUGGACUAUCGUGGUUGGAUUUGUCAACAGGUGAAUUUUUCUCCCAAACCAGUGACAGUCAACGUUUAGCAGGUGAUUUAGCACGUAUCCAGCCGAAAGAAAUUGUUUUGGAUAGUCGACUGCAGGUCACGAAUGCUCACUCUGUUCUGAACAGCAUCGAUCAAAAUAUUUAUUUCGUAUCUUACACUCACAUGCAAGAUUGGAGUUUUCAGCAAUGGUCUUCUUAUUUAGAAAAAGAAGUUGACUAUUCGUAUGCUGAAAAUUGCUCUGAUAUUGAAAGAAAAGCUGGUUCUACUUUGUUGUCAUAUGUUUCUGAUCGUUUGGUCAAUUCGCAUACGAAUCUUCGCCCUCCAGUUCAUGUUUCUUUGAGGAAUUCCAUGCUAAUAGAUGCUUCGGCUAUGAAAGGUCUCGAAAUAAGAUCAUCCCUGCAGGAGAAUCGCCAUACCGGCAGUCUACUACAUGCAAUAAAGAGAUCUGUAACUAAAUCCGGUACUCGUCUGUUAACUCAACGAUUAUGCUCUCCUUCUACUGACAUUGCCGAGAUUAAUAGAAGACUUGAUUUGGUAGAAGUUUGCAUUCACCACGAUCAACUUCGAACAGAAAUCAGACAUUUACUUAAACGAUCGAAUGACACACAUCGAAUACUUCAGCGGCUUUUGAUGCGCCGAGGAAAUGCUUAUGAUUUACUAGGACUUUCCAAUAAUUUCUCUAUAAUAAAAUGUAUAGAAAGUCUUCUUACUGAAGCAAAUUCUAAAACACUAAAGCCCUUGUUAAAUGCUUUUCAUCGACAUGAGGGUUUAGCUUCUCUCAUUUCCGAAGCUUUAAAUGAAGGAGCUUUGGUACAAAAACGAGAUGAAGAAGAAAAAGAAGCCGAGGAUAUUGCUGCCGAGUCAACCAAUUUGUCUGAAUCUGAGUUAGUUAUCGCUGGUGCCAAGAAACGGAUACCUGUUUCUGAAAAUGUUUUCAAACAAAACUUUUUUGAUAUUUGGAUUAUUAAACCUACGUUCAAUGAAACACUUAAAAGGUUGCAUAAGCGCAUCGAACGCCUACUGCUUUCUUACGAAAAUCUACAAAAUAUAUUGAAUAAGAAAUUUGAAAGCAAAGCAACUUUACGAAAGAAUCCUUCAAAGUUAUAUUAUGUGCACAUUAAGGCCUCCAAUAACCUUAUGUUAAAGGAGUUCAUGUCCAUUUUUCCAAAGGCUACGGUGUUCUCUACAACCAAAACUACAGCUAAUGUUCAGUUACCUGAGUGGUCCUCUCUUGGUUUAGAGCUUGAAAGCACUAAAUCGUUCAUCCAUCAAGAAGAAGCACGUGUCCUCCAAAUAAUUAUUGAUACGGUGUUAGCAGAACACGGAAAGUUACGGGAUACUGCCAAUUUGUUGGAUGAGCUUGAUAUAUCUACAGCUUUCGCUGAUUUAGCUAUUGAAUGUGAAUUUUCACGACCAGUUUUGAAUAACUCUUUAUCACAUACAAUAAUCCAAGGUCGUCAUCCUAUCGUUGAAAAGGGUCUUAAGAACAAACUGCUUCAGUUUACACCUAAUGAUUGCUUAGUGGGAAAUUCCGGUAAAAACAUUUGGCUUUUGACGGGCCCUAAUAUGGCAGGAAAAAGCACUUUUUUGAGACAAAAUGCAGUUAUAUCUAUAUUGGCACAAAUGGGUAGUUUUGUACCGGCAAGCUACGCGGAAAUAGGUAUAGUAGAUCAAAUAUUUAGCAGAAUUGGGUCUGCAGAUAAUCUCUACCAUCAACAGUCAACCUUCAUGGUCGAGAUGAUGGAAACCGCAUUCAUUUUAAAGAAUGCAACAAAGCGAUCUUUUGUCAUAAUGGAUGAAGUGGGACGUGGAACUACUGCCAGAGAUGGUUUGGCAAUAGCUUAUGGGUGCUUGAAGUAUUUAUGUGAUGUUAAUAAGGCACGAACGUUGUUUGCUACGCAUGCACAUGAGCUGGCAGAGAAGUUCAGAUCAUACAAAAAUUUCAAAUGCUAUUGUACUGAUAUCAUUGUCGACGAGAAAACCAAUACGUUCACCUUUGACUAUAAGAUACGAGAGGGUGUUAAUAUGAGAUCUCACGGAUUAAGAAUAGCUGAAGUAGCAGGUCUUCCAAGGGAAGUAUUGGAGGCAGCUAAUGAACUUCUUCAACAGACCGCAAGUUCGUAAAUUCCAUCGUUUCUUGGCCUUAUGCUUGUAAUUAUAUAUAUAUAUAUAUUUAUACAUUAUCACUUUACGAAUCUUAAAAUGAAGGAAUGCCUUCUAUUUAGAAUAUUGUCUAGUAUCAAAAAAUCCAACGUUCAUAUCUCC